UGUAAAUUGUUUGUUGUUGGAGGCGUGUCUUAAAAGAAUAAGAUCAAGAUCCCGGGUAUCGAAAUAAGAGCAUAGUUGUGAUGUGUGGUUUAUAAAACGUGUGUAUUUGCAGUGUGAUACCAAAAAUAUGUCGUUGAAGGAAGAUUUCAGUUUGCUCCUCAAACCCUACUACUUCGUCAAUAUUUUUUUAAGCUUAUCAUAUUUACUAUCAAAGAAGGGACCAAUUGUUUGCAGCAUUAUAUUCCCACAUUCCGAGUCUCAAUGUGAACUGGAUUCUCGUGAGUCGGAAAUCCUAUUUUUCCUCUUGAUUGUCGUGAUGAUGAGAACCCGGAAAGCUGGGAGUGUGACGAUGAUAAGCUAUUUGUCGUCCAGUUUCAUUUAUUGUAAAGUAGCUAACCUCAUAUUGUGGUUCUACGCCGAUGUGAGGCUGGGCAUCAUGUUUGCGAUAAUCUUCGUCCUGUGCGGGUUGAUUCUGCCAGAGCCAACGUAUUCUGGUCCGGAGAACGUCGUCUACUUUCGCACAGUUGCUGGUCUGGACGAAGAACUUGAGCGGGACAAGCGUGUCACGUGGCUGGUGGCAUUUUACACAGCUUGGAAUCCUGCUUGCACUAAUUUCGCCCCCGUCUACGCGAAGCUCUCGUCCGCGUAUGCCCUGGAGAAUCUGAAGUUUGGCAAGAUUGAUGUCGGGCGGUAUCCGGAUGCUGCCAAGAAAUAUCGCAUAAACGAUUCAGCGGUUAGCAGGCAGCUGCCCACGAUAAUCUUGUUCAAGCAAGCCAAAGAAGUGUCCAGGCGUCCUGACGUGGACGCCAGUAACAAGCUUGUGAAAUUUUUUUUCUCGGAAGACAACAUUAAGGCAGCUUUUGACCUCAACAAAUUAUAUGAUGAGUGCAAAGCAAAUCUCCUGAAAAAGAAGACUGCAAAUGCACCGGUGAAAUCGGAGCAUGUGAAGUCAGACUAGGACUAGAUUUUUUAUUGUCGUAAUGUUAUUGACAGUACAUUGUUAUAGUUUCUUGUGUCCAUGAGUUUAAAAAUAGUGAAAAUUUGUAUGUUAAAUUAUUGCUUUUGUUGUACCCGUGAAAUAUCUGUAAUUAUUUGACA